UUGCCAGUGCUUGCCAGUUGCCAGUCAUAAUUUUAAAGGUUUUAAUGUCAUCUGUGUUUGUUUACGUCGGAAUUGUUGAUUUUUUAAAAGAGUUUUAUGUUUCGUAUGAGUCAAUGCUAAAGUAUAUUUUUUAAUCUUGUGGAUAUUUCAGAUCACUAUUACUGAAUAGUGAUAAGUUAAAUUAUUUUAUAUAAAGAAAAUAAUAUUUGUCCAUUAUGUCUAUAACCUUAAAACAAACUGAAGGAAAAAUGACGAAAAUGAUAAAUAGUUUUGUGUUUCUUGAUCUGGAAACAACAGAUCUGAUUAGAUAUGGAAUUAUGCCAAGAAUAACAGAAUUGGCAAUGGUGGCAGUUUUAAGGGAACACAUUAAAAUUCCACAAUCAAAGCUGCCACGGGUUUUAGCAAAACUUGUUAUACCAAUAAACCCGAAUGAGAAUAUUCCGAAAAUCGUUACAAAAAUCACAGAAUUAACAAAUCAUCAUUUAAAAAAUAUCAAACAGUUUGAUUUCAAUGUGUGUGGUCAAAUAAAUCAUUUUCUACAACGAUUAGAAGAACCUAUUUGCUUUGUAGCCCAUAAUGGAAAAAAAUUUGAUUAUCCGAUUCUACUGAAUGAAUUUCAAAACUAUGGAGAGGUGCUGCCUAGUGAAAUUUUGGCCGUAGAUUCUCUAGACGUUUUUCGACAUUAUUUCAAAGAAAAAUCAAUUAUACAAGAACAGAAAAAAAUGAAAGAAACUUUAGAAACUAACGAUAAUUGUCAUUCAUUAUUAAAAGACAAUUGGGAUGAUGUAAUUGGUUCGGUUCUUGAUUCCACAGAUACACUCGGCAACUGUGAGGAAAUCUCAAAAAUAAAAAAAACAGAUUCAUUUGACAGUAAUAAAGAUUUACGUUUAAAUUUACAGAGGAAUAAUGAUAAGACUCCUGAUUUGAAAAUUACAAGAGAAGAAACAAUGGAUUAUGCCGAAACUCACAAAAUCAUUCAAAAGGAACAAAUUUUCACAAAACCAGCAAAUUUGAAAUUAGAAACAAUAUUCAAAAAUAUGACUGGCAGCUAUAUAGAAAAUUCCCAUUAUGCUGAGAGUGAUUGUCUUAGUUUAAUUCGAUGUGCAAAUUUAAUAGGUGAAGAUUUCAUCGAAUUUGCCGACAAUAACGCAAAACUUCUAAACACAUACGAAAGGCAUAUACAAUAGCAAAUGUAUUGUUAUUUUCAUUUUUGAAGACUCAAAUUUAUUGUGAUUUUAUAUUUACUUUUUGAAAUUUAAAAGAAUGAACGUUUAGUUUCUAAAACAAUUUUAUCAGAUACGCUUUAAAACAGCAAAAGA